GUCGCGAGGCUCCAGAAAGAGCUCAAGCUCCUCGCGAAGGACCCGCUCCCGUCGAUGCUCGCUCGCCCGCACCCGAAUAACCUCUUGGAGUGGCACUACUGCCUCGAGGGCGCGUCUGAUACGGCGUACGCCGGAGGGACGUACCACGGGAAGAUCAUCUUCCCCAAGGAGUACCCUUUCAAGCCGCCGUCGAUCAUGAUGUGCACGCCUUCCGGGCGGUUUCAGCCGAACACGCGGCUGUGCUUGAGCAUGUCUGACUUCCAUCCGGAGUCGUGGAACCCGAUGUGGAGCCUGUCGAGCAUCAUGAGCGGUCUGCAGUCGUUCAUGGUGGAGUCGACGCCGACGCAAGGGAGCGUGAACACGACAAACGCGGAGAAGCGACAGCUCGCGGCGGCGUCGAUGGCGCACAACGUCAAGAACGCGACGUUUCGGAAGCUGUAUCCAGACGUGAUCGAAGCGCACGCG